GGGCCAAUACACGGAGUUUAUCAAGUGACUUGUUCAAUGCGAUCGAUCGAUCGUGAUCGAGAGAGUUCUCGGGAUCACAUGUGCCGCGAAAUUGACAUGGAACUUUUCGUUCGUGUGGUCAGACUGUGUGACAAAGUGAAAGCGUUCCGAUCGAUCGUUUUAAGCGCGGAGAAUCGUCGAACAGCGCGUGAAAUUUACGUUUGAGGGGAAGAGACCUAAUAAAAGGGGGGAAGAGAGGAAGAAGGAAAGAGAGAGAGAGAGAGAGAGAGAUUACUUUUGGGCCCAGAGGUCCUUGGGGACCUCCUAAUGGCACCCGACCUUGAGAAAAGACGGCAGGAACUAAGGAGGACCAGCAGCGGUACCUUGGAACCGGGACACGAACACUUUCAAAUGCUCCUGCAGCUCCGAUGCACCGGAAACGCAUUGGCUGAGCCUUAUCGACACGGUAACAAUGCAGGAGGAAGAUCGUCAGCGGUGAUAGGAUCGGUUCAAAGGAGCACCGUCACGUCGAGCAACCGCGCGCACUCCGCCUCAAGGAGGAUCAGUCAUCAGCAACGCCAGCAACAGCAGCAACAGCAGCCGCAAGCCCAGCAACAGCAGCAACAGCCCAGGAUACCCUUGGGAUCCUUACGAAGCUCGGAUGAGCACGGAUCAAGAGCCAGCUCGGCACAGGACGUUUGCGAUAACUCGAACGAUUCCGGGCUUGGCUUCGAGGAACGCCAGCAACACCUCACGAACGCAAACGCUUGGAACGGCGCCGGUGAGGAGGACUCGAAGAGGAGGAAGAUGGACAUCAAGCUUGAGUCUGAAGAUGCGAAUUUCGCCUUUCCAGAGGUCGCGCAUGUGACAAGCCCCGAGAGUAAAACUGCUAGCAGGGGCACGUCGAAUGGAAUUGGGGGAUUGGCGACCAUUUCCGGAAGUCGAACGGGAAAUGGAGGUACAGGAAGGGUGGUCGAGGUCUCGAGGACACGUCCAGGCUUGGGUGUCCUCUCGAAGAGGACACCCACUGCUCAACAGGGUCCCAUCACACUUACUUCUCAACUGUGUAGUGCUUCCACAGAUGGAAAGGUUCAACUGCAGAUUAUUUGCCAACCUGAGCAACAGCAUAGAGCUCGUUACCAGACAGAGGGCUCCAGAGGGGCGGUGAAGGAUCGUACCGGAAAUGGAUUUCCAAUUGUACGCCUGGUUGGUUACGACAAACCUACCACACUUCAAGUUUUCAUCGGCACAGACCUUGGUCGCGUCGUACCUCAUAUGUUCUACCAAGCUUGUCGUGUGAGUGGAAAGAACUCGACGCCAUGCAUCGAACGUAAAAUCGACGGCACCAUAGUGAUAGAGGUGGAUAUGGAUCCAACGAAGGACAUGAUGGUUACGUGUGACUGCGUUGGCAUCUUGAAAGAGAGAAACGUCGAUGUGGAGCAUAGAUUUCCGCAGGAAGCUGGUGUGCUACAGGGACGUAGCAAGAAGAAGUCCACACGUUGUAGAAUGGUGUUUCGUACGACCAUAACUCAUCCGGAUGGUACUACGGAGACUUUGCAAGUUUGCUCUCAACCUAUAGUUUGCACUCAACCGCCUGGUAUACCAGAGAUCUGCAAGAAAUCACUCACAUCCUGUCCCUGCACCGGAGGAUUGGAAUUAUUCAUACUUGGGAAGAACUUCCUCAAAGAUACUCGCGUAGUGUUUCAAUUAGACAACGACGAUCUGUCAAGCAGCUUAGAGCCUCACUGGGAAUGCGCGGUGGUACCUGACAAGGAGUUCCUUCAGCAAACUCAUCUUGUGUGCGUAGUACCACCCUAUAGGCGGCAAGAUCUAGCGCCUACGGAAACGGUCAACGUGAAAUUGUACGCGGUGUCCUCUGGAAAAACGAGCGAACCUCACAUGUUCCUCUAUACCGCUGCAUCCACGCCACCUGAGCCAUCAGUCGGCAAGAUCGAGCCUAUAACACCACCAUUAGCAACCACGAAUGGCGAUGCUACGUUAGCAACGUCUCCUACAGCGGUAUCUCUAACUGCAGGUGUACCAUCAAACACUCUGAUUACACAAACAGCCGCAGGAACGCCGAACUUCUUAGCUACUAUGCCUUCUCAACAGCCAGCUUCUCAGACAACAGAAGCCUUGAAGAAUGAUCCAAGCCCACCGCCAGUCACUGCGUCAUCCCAGGUAACGCCAGUGAUGAUGUGGGCAGCGCAGAGUCCGAAUUGUCAAAAUUCACCUCCUGACGUGAUGAUGCCACCGCCAGCAUUGGUAGCGAAUCCCCUUCUAAACCGUAGAUCAUCUUCGAACCUUCAGUUAAUACUUCCGGAUAAUUUGAAGACGGAGGUGUUAGACGAGAACAGCGAGAACAGUAUGAUCAGCGAGAACAGCAUGCAAAGUAUACCAACGCCUACUGCGAACAGUUCCACGGGUACCAGUCCGUUGCAACAGCUGGUGAACGAGAACUCGAGGGAAACGCCGCAGGCUAACAUGAUCAGAUCGGUGCCAGUCGCGGCUAAUAACUCGCCUGUACAGGAGGCAGUGAAUCUCCUUGGUGUGGUCGAUCUAAUGCGGAACCAGCACACUUUGUCGAUGGUGUCCACCCACCCAAACACCUUCGGAGGUAUGCACGAACCGUCUCAAGUCAAAGUUCUAAGUCCCCAUCAUAUCAACAAAGAAACUAACCCGAUGUUGCCGACAGAAGGCAGUCCUAACGGAACUCUUCAAGGCGGCGGUGUCGUUGAUCUUCGGAUGAAGCAUCACCAAUCGGAGUUUGGUACAUUGUCGAACUUCACCGCAACGCCAAACGGCCAGCUACCUGCACAGAGUGGUCACAGCGUAGAGAAAUACUUGAACCACAUCGAGUCGAACGUGAAGGAGGUUGAGAGUCAGGAGAACGGCUUCGUGGGCACUAUACAGCAACGAGCUUCCAUUAUCACUACAGGACGUCAACCUCAGCAGGGACAAGCUCCUACUAUUUUAGCCUCUCCUCCUCAAGGAGUUAAGUUAGACACUCUAGUUAACACUGCCGCGGAAUCUCAUCAAAUGGUGUCGCCAUUGCGCACCGUCAACCCGACUAGUAACGCUAUGAUGAGCCACGUUUCCGCGGUCCCCGAUCACGAAACGAUACCCAGUCCCCAACAGAAUAGAACUAGCCCGACUAUUCCUGUCAAAACGAUGCUCCUCGAGGCGUUGAUGCCGCCACAGACGGUGCAACCUUUGGCAGGAAACGGUGCCGCGUCCGUUCCAUCACCCGCGUCAGUGGUUCCGGAACAGACUAACGGUGACAGUCUAUUGACCACCAUUAACGCGGCCCUCCUGCCAACGAUGCAGGAGCCAGCCGUGACCGCAACCGGUACGUCGAAUGCUAGCGUAACUGUAGCAUCCCAUAACCCGUUACAAGUUACGAACGAGACUAUGUCGACAGCGACGGAGCAUAUUCCGCAGAUGCAAGGUCUUAUUCAGCAAGAUGUUGUAGCGAUGCAGCAGGCGCAGCAAGUGGAGCAGGUAGUAGCUCAGGCACAGCAACAGGUCGAGCAGGUUGUCGCUCAGGCGCAGCAGCAGGCUGUCCAGGCUGUCCAACAGGCGCAGCAGCAAGUGGUCCAGCACGUGGUGCAGCACGCUCAAGUUGUCCAGCAGGCUGUGCAACAGGUGCAAGCGGUGCAGCAGGUUCAGGCUGCUACUCAGGAAGUGGUCCAGCAGGCAGUGCAGCAAGCUACGCAGGAAGUGGUCCAACAGGUUCAAGCGGUUCAACAGGCGGUGCAGCAGGCGCAAGCUGCUCAAGCUAUGCAGCAGGCUGUGCAGCAAGAUAUCGGUUCUAUGUUGAAUCAGCCUGCAGGUUUCGUUGCAGAGGCUAGCUCUGCUUUGGCGAGUGGAGCUGCUCAAGAACCAUCGCAGCAGAGGUUAACCAACGCUGCUGAACAGGCGAUUAAUAAUGUAAUUACUAAUGCUACUCAAGACAUCAUUAAUAAUCGACCCAUUACCACGACAACCGCGCAUGCCAUCAUCGCUACGAAGAAUAUACUGAACAGCGUGGCCACUCAGAGUGCGCAGUUAAUGAAUAGUGCUAUGGAGGGUAUUCUGCCUAAAUCGCCCUCCGGUCAGAAUAAUAUGGUUGAACAGGUCGCGAGUAAAUCACCACCCGUUGCAUUACCCGUAACGCCCAACAGACAGAAUGUAAACCCACCUAUAGCUAAUACGGCAAACAGUGCGAACGGUACGACGGUCAGAAAGCAGGAAGACGGUAUGUUGCCCCAAGAGUUAACCUCAAUGUCGGAGCAUGAUCUGUUGAGCUACAUAAAUCCGAGCUGUUUCGAUCCGCAGAACGGUUUCCUUAUGUAGUACUGCCGUAUUCUUGUCAUUAAAAAUAUUCUAAUUGUGUAUUUGACGUAUCCUCGGAUACAAACGUGAGAAAGAGCGAGAGCGAAAGUGAGAGAGAGAGAGAGAACUGAGUGAAAGUAAUUAAAUUCCAACCAAGUCGAGUAUGAGAAAUAUAUAAGAUUCUUGGCUCGGUACGAGUUAUAUAUAUUUGUGCCACAUUGUCGUUUCAGACUUUGUAUGUGAUAGGUAUGAAAUCCGUUUUUAUAUGAUGAAAAUGGACGAAGUUAGCACCACCUUUGUAACAAUUGAAGAAAGAAAGAAACAAACCACUAUUAUCGUUGUUAAGUAAGACGGGCGCAUGAGAGCGCGACAAUUAGGGUUUUCCUUUUAAUUCUUCCUUUUUCUACGAGUUGUCGAAUGUGAUAAUUCAUUUUAUUUAUCUCCAUCAAAACGUCUCUUACGCAUCCAGAGGUGCCUUUU